UUGAUCCAUUUCGUUAGAUUAGUCCUAACUAAACCGGAAUAACAUCACCGUGUAAAGUUAGAAAUUACAGACUUUCAUGGCUAAUGCACAUGAGCAUUAUAGUUUGUUAACCAAUGAAAAAUAUCGACAAUAAUUUCGAUACGGAAACGUACGCCGUGUUCUGCAAGUCGAAUUUCUUCUUGAAGACCAACAAGACCUGUGAUAGUCCCGUUCCAGAUUCCGGUUGUAUCAAGUGAUUGUGAAAAGUUGAAAAAGAAACGAAACUGAAACGGCAUGUCUGAAGUUGCCAGUCAACCUCAAAUUGACCAAAGUUACUGUUUCAAAUGGGGCGAUUAUCAGAAUCAUUUAUCAGGCGUUGUUCGCCAGCUGCUGGAGGAGGAUUGUAUGGUGGAUGUAACUCUCUCUGCAGCAGGAGAACGUAUUCAUGCUCAUCGGAUUGUCCUGUGCGCUUGUAGCACAUUAUUUCAAGAAGUCCUUAGUCAGGUCAAUGAAGAUCAUCCGACAAUUAUAUUAAGUGAUAUAUCUCCUCAAGAUGUGAGAUCUAUUGUAGAAUUUACGUACCAUGGCGAAGUACGUAUACCUGUAGAGAAUAUUAGCAAUUUAUUGGAUGCAGCACAUUCGCUAAAGAUUUGUGGCCUUAUGGAGAUUGAUGGUUUGGAUGAAAAUGAUGCAUCCACCAGUACAAAAGACUUUGGUGAUGAUAGUAUAGAGCCAUCAACUGAACUAAAUGAAACAGAAGAUAAAGUACUAAGUGCUUUGGAAAGUGAAUAUGAUAGUAUUACUGAUAGUACCGAACAGAACGUACCUGGAGUUUCUACUAUAAACAAAAAGAGGAAGAGAAGACGUGAUAUAAUAAAGAGAGAAUAUAGUGAAGAUAUGCUUGUAUCAGCUAUCAAUGAUCUACGUUCAGGACAGACGCUGAUAGAAGCUUCUACCAAAAAUAAUAUCCCCCGUUCUACACUGUAUAUGCGCGCUAAAGCAUUAGGAAUACAUUUAAAUGCUACGAGAAAUGAAUAUCCUGCAGAAUGUAUGAAAGCUGCUAUAAAUGCUGUUAUUGGAGGUUCAAGUUUGCAACACGCAGCAGAGAUGUAUAGUAUACCCAAAACUGUUCUAUGGAGACGUAUACAAAAGGAAGGAUAUCAAAUUUUGCGUUCUGAAAUGAAAAGAUCAUAUGGCUCUGAUAAAAGAGAAGCUGCUGUCAAAGCUCUGGAAAGGGGAGAAAAUCUGACUAAAGUGGCACUUGAAUUUCAGAUUCCAAAAACGACAUUGUUUAGAGAUAAGGCGAGAUUGGUAGACGAAGGUAAAUUACCACUAUCAUUCUGGAAAAAGCGUAAAACAGAAAAUGAGGAAUUGAAAAAGACACGCCUAGAAGAAGCAGUAGCUGCCUGUAAGGGAGGUAGAAUGUCACAGGCGGCAGCAUCAAUGACUUAUCAUAUCCCAAAAACAACUAUAUGGCGACGUCUACAACAAGAUGGAAAAAAACAUAAUCGAACAUCAAAUAGUAAACGACAGCAGAGAUUGACAAACACAAAUGAAAAAACACAGGAGAAGCCACAGGAAGGAUCAGAAUAUGCUUUUUGCGAGGUAUCUUCGGAAAUUCCAAUAGCAUACAUAGAUGAGAGUAACAUCCCUGAAAACUCUGUUAUCAUUUUGACUACUAAUGACGUGGAAGCGAUUAACUUGGAGGAGGGUAGACAAAUUAUCGUUAGCUCGGGAUCUGGUCAAGAGUAUGUUCCUUGUACUUUAAGUAUAGAAGAUAAUGCAAAUUACAUGCCAGCUGAGAGUUAGCAUGUAAUCUACACCAUAUGAUGACAUUUACAAUACCAUAUAACAAAUUCUAUAUAUAUAUUUCAAUUAAUUACAAAUUAGUUUUCUUGCUGUCUUGGAUUGUUAAUUGCAUUAUUGAUUUUUUAGAUGGCUCAUCUGUUUAGCACCAAUGAAAUAUUAAGUGGAUUAGGUAAAACAAAAUUUAUAUCGUUAAUUUACUUUGUUAAAAUCUGUUUCUAUUGAUAAUUUUUGUUCACCCUGAUUAUAAUCAAAUAAACAUAUUUGUAACUGUGCAGUUUGGGAAUGAAA